AUGGAGACAAAUUGUAGACCGAGUAAUAACUACAUGGGGUGGUUACCAGCUAGGAGUGGAUUUCAACUCUGGAGGGCCGGAAACUGGUUCAAAGAGAUUGUUACCGAAUACACGUUGACCACGCGUGGUCUGAAAGCAGACGAUUUGGAGGAAUGGUUGAACAGUGUUUUGUACACCGAAUUCAACCUUAUAUUGGAAGACGAGAGCGUAUACCCUACAUCCGUAUUCCUGUUAGAAGCCCUCGGGUAUUUGCGACACAACGAUCGUGUUCAUCUUGAACGAUUGAUGUCCACACUUCCUUCUGUAGAUGCUGUGAGGGAGGUAUGUAAAAAUAGUGGAAGUGCUUGUGUAGUGUGGCCAUACUUAGGAUCAGUUUGCGCCUAUUAA